AUGGCUCAAAACAAUACAAAACUUCUCGAUAAAAUUGAAAUUUGUUUGCAAAAAGUUAAUGACGCACAAUUGAGCUAUGAUAAAAAGUUUGAAAUGUUAGCAGAAGAAAAUGCUGCGUUAAAGUUUAAAGUCAUGACUCAACAAAAUGAUACAACAGAAAAACUUGACGAAACCUCAAACGACCAUUCAAUUUGGAUCCUUGUUCUUAUCAUCCUAAACAUUACCCUUUUAGUCAUUCUUACUAUUGUGCUGGUCUUUUUACUUCAAUCUAAAAAAUCAUCAACUCCAGAAAAUCACAAAACCACAGAUGCAUCAAAUUACGAAGAAAUUACUCAAAAACAGAUUAGUGAUCCAAUAUAUGCGUCAGCAGAUUAUACUCAUACGAUCAACGACUCAUUCUAUGAUGUUCAGGAAGAGUACGAAGUGAUAAGGGAAACAGAAUGUGAUGAGAAUAUUUACUCAGCGUCUGCUGAUUCUGAUGACUUUUAUUUACAAACUAAUGUAAUUGAAGUCCACAGACCAGAUUGUGUUGAAGGCGAUGCUGAUAUUUAUGCAGAAAGAAUCAAGAAAUGCAGAAAAAGCUCUGAAAAUAAUGUUGAAACACGACUUGAAGACUUAACGAACUUAUCAACUUCAAUUUUUAGUAAAAUUGAUGAGCUAAGCACUAAAUUAGACAAAAUAAUCGAUCCAAAAGAAAAAGAUAAUUCAAAUUCAGCAGUUUUAAGCUUAGUUGAUGAAAUUAGAGGAAAUGUGAAUGCAUUUUUGAAUAAAAUCGAUCAAAAAGUCACAAAUAUCGAUAAAAACAUUAAUAAUUUUAAAAGUAAGGUUAACAAAGUUAACAAUCUGAAUCAAACAAUCGCAAACUUAAACAAAACUUUGAAUCUGAGCUUAAUCAACAAGGAUUCAAUCGAUAGCUUACAAAAUAAGGUCAACAAUCUAUCAGCUGACAUCAAUUUACAUAAAGCAGACCUGAAUCAUUUGCUACAAAACAUCAAUCACAGUUCAUCAAGCUUAGAAUCUACAAUUAAGAACUUAAUCAGCAAAGAUGAGUUUUCCAACCGAAUCAACCAAUCUGAUGACUUUCUAUCUGAAUUAAUCACUCAAUCAGCCAACUCAACUAAAUUCGCACAAAACAAUUCAUCUGAAAGAGUUUUUAUCACAUUUUUAGUCAUCCUUAAUGUCAUUCUCAGCAUUUUUCUCAUAAUGUCCAUCAUUUACAUCAAAAGAUUAUCAAAUAACCUCAAAAAACAAGUUAAAAUUAACCAAGAAUCUCCAAAAUAUGCAAAAAUCUCAAAAAAUCGAAAUUAUUCAUUUUCUAAAACCAACAAUGCGUCACAACCUCAAUGGAUCUACGAAUCAGCAACAUUACCAAGCGUAGAUUAUGAGCCAGUUUAUGAAAGCACUCUUGACGAAGAUCCCAUACAUGAAAUGGAAGAAUUAAGGAACUAUUCAGGUCAUUAUGAAGAACAGGCAAUUGAAACUGACAUGAGACAUGAAUUUAUGCAUGAAUCAUCACAUUGCGGCGAGUCUAGUAAUGCAGAGCAACAAAAUGCGGUUGAUAGAAGUUUGAAUGAUCAAUUGGAUGAAGAUUUGUAUGCAGAAGUUGUUUUACAAAGUAAUGCAAGCGUUGAAGAAGAUAAUUCACAAAUUUAUGCUGUCGUUAUGGAAGAAAUGAUGUUGCUCAAAGAAGAGCUGAGAACAACUCAAAAUCUCAUAAAAACAGAGAAAAUUGAGUCUAAUGCUUUGUUUUAUUAUAACAAUCCUAAUAAGAUGUUGGAUUUGACAGACGAGAUGCAGGAAAAAAUGAACAAUUUGAAUGAAUCAUUUUCUAAAAACAUUGAGGAUUUGACUGGCCAAAUUGAUAGAAUUAAGAGGGAUGCAAAUACAACAUUAGAGGAAAUUAAGAACAUUAUUGAUCAAAUGUCUAACAACCAAGUAAAUUUGUCGUAUGAAUUAACGAACAUAUCAAAAAAGAUUAUCCAAGAUUUGGACAAAUCAGCAUACAACCAAAAUCAAAUUCCUCAAAAUAGGGAAGUUAAAUCAGAAAUACAAGAAACCAACACCAAACUAGCUCUUUUAGAAGCACAGAUCAACCAAAUAACUAAACAUACAUACCAAGAAUCUAUCAACAUAAAUCAAAAGCUUCAAAAUUCACACGAAAGUCCAAACUCAACAAUUUCUGAAAUCACUGAAUACAUCAACACAAUUCUCUUAAUCAUCAUCAUCGCUGUCCUUAUAGUCCUUAUAUUCCGUGACAGAAACAAAUCUUCAACAUCAAGAAAUGCCCCAAUUCAGUCAUCAUUAUCUCAAACUACCACAAAUACUCAACUUGACGUCGAUUCCUCAUCAAGCGUGCCACGUAAUAGAGACUUUGAAGAUAAUCAGACUUAUGAAUCAGCUCAACGAAACAAUAUAGAACAAUCAACUGGUUUUAUGCCAAAUGACGUGCCUGAAUAUGGACUUAAAAAUGAAAUGUAUGGAAAGGCUUGCAAUGAAGAUCUUUACUCUGAGGUUAUUUCACCAAAACGAGGACAAAAUAAGGAUAAUAUUGAUGAUUGUGCUGACAUUUAUGCUGUUGUUUAUAAGCCAGAAAGGGACUAA